UUCAAAUUGGGGGAGAAAUAAAAAUGACAGACAAGAACGGAGAUCUGACACCACAAUAGCAAAUUCAAAUCCAUACAAAUAAAUAUAUAUUUAAGAUUUUUAUUUAUUCUCAUACAUAAAUCUAUGUUUUUUUUUUUUUAAUCCCCCGAUCAGAUCGGGGCCUUCACCACCGUUGUUGGAAAUUAUUUUCUCCGGGAGCCGUUUUUUAUUUCAUUUCUUUUAAUUUCAAAUCUCAUCUUGAUCUGAAUUCUAUUCAAAUUUCUAGGGUUUUUCAUUAUAUUUUUUGAAAUUUCUAUCGAUUCGUUUUUAUGUUAUUUUGAGCCGUCAAAUCGUUCUUUUGGAUCAAAUGGCCUCGGCUCAGGUGUUGCCGUCACGUAAACAAGAGCAUUUGGAAGCCGGAAAGAGGAAGCUAGAGGAGUUUCGUAGGAAAAAGGCAGCUGAACGAGCCAAGAAGACUGUGUCUGUUGGGCAACCUCAUCCUUCUGAUGUUAAUGUACAAGACAAACAUCGGUUAGAAGCUGAUUAUAUGCGAGUGACAGAUUCCAAUGGAGUUGGUGCAUCUGAUGAGCCUGAUAAAGCUAUUACUGAACCCUCUCCUGUAAUGGAUAAUAACGACAACAAAGCAAUUGAAGUAGCCUUGCAAAGUCAACAGGGAUCUUUGACUGAUACACAUGCUGGUUUUUCCUUUUCAGCCAAUGAUUUUAAGUCUUCUUCUGCAGAUAUAACACAGAUGAAUUCAAGCAAUCAAAAAAUUAAGAUAGAUGCUACUUCAGAGUCGGCUGAAUCAAUAGGUGCUAAUUGUAACCAAAUUAUAUCUCUAUUCCCCCAAGCAAGCCUUGAUCAUGGUAGUAGUUCUAAUAAAUCUAGUUUUCUGGGAACGGAAGAAAUGCAAGGAAAAGAAAAUGAAAAUUUGUUGAAGAUUUCUUCAACUGUUAAUGCUGGUUUUUCUCAUGAUUUUGCCUCAAAAAUGACCCCUCAAAAUAAUCUCGCAACACUUGGUAAUGGCCGCACAUUCCACUCUUCCUUUGACGACUCUACUCAACCCACCAACAGCUUGAGAGGUUCUGCCCUUGAAGUUGGGAAAAAGUUGCAGGGCAGUUCACAGUUAAGUAAUCCUUUGAUCUUUGAUAUGGGAGAAGCAAAGCUCAGUACCUCUACUGGUGGUUUGCCUACUGUGCCAUUUACAAUAUCUGAAUCUAUGUAUUCAAGCGCAAAUGAAUUUACUUCUACAAGAUCUCGUCCAUCUUUCCUUGAUUCUCUUAACGUUUCAAGAUCUUCAUUAGCGACACCUUUUCAACGAUCUGAACCAGAAAAGCAUUCAUUUAUGUCUAAUAGUUCACCAUUAAACAACACAGAUGCUCUGGGAUCAUCGGUUAUCAAGAAGUCCUUGGUGGAGGCCGAAACUAAUGGACCUUUUUCAAAGUCAACUGUCCCUAGUCUGUUUGGUUCAUUUGAUUAUCUAAGCAAUUCUUCAGUUUCUGCUAGUAAUGGAGCUGAAAUUUAUGAAAGCAGCAUGGAAAUGAGAGAUGGAUUCUAUACAUCAAAACAGAAUGAAGAUUUUGCUGCACUGGAGCAGCAUAUAGAAGAUUUGACACAAGAAAAGUUUUCAUUGCAACGAUCUCUUGAGGCUUCACGAACUUUAGCAGAAUCCUUAGCUGCUGAAAAUUCAUCGCUGACUGAUACUUAUAAUCAACAGAGAAGCAUUGUCAACCAACUUAAAUCGGACAUGGAGAAGUUGCAGGAAGAGAUCAAGGCCCAACUGGUGGAACUUGAGUCUGUUAAAAAUCAAUAUGCAAUUGCUCAACUAGAAUGUAAUGCAGCUGAUGAACGUGCGAAGAUAUUGGCUUCUGAAGUCAUUGGUUUGGAAGAAAAGGCACUGAAACUUCGGUCAAGUGAGCUAAAGCUGGAGAGGCAAUUGGAAAACUCACAAUCUGAAAUCUCUUCAUACAAAAAGAAAUUGUCUAGCCUUGAGAAAGAGCGCCAGGAUUUGCGGUCAACUAUUGAUGCUCUUCGAGAAGAGAAGAACGUGUUGCAAUCUAAGCUCCGAAAAGCCUCUGGUAGUGGGAAAUCUAUAGAUAUUAAUAAGAUUUCUACCAGUAAGAAAGAUAUGUCAACUUCCACUGAAGAUCUAGAUACUACAGUGGACAGCUUUGACCGGGAGAUACAUGAUCCUGUUUCUCAUGCUGGAAUUGAUGUGUCUAGUUCAUUGUUGCUACCUGAAAAUGGACAAUUAGAUCUUGACGUUUUGGCUAUUAAUAUUCCAUCCGAUCAGAUGAGAAUGAUACAGAAUAUCAAUGCACUAAUUUCUGAGUUAGCAUUGGAGAAGGAAGAGUUGAUACAUGCUUUAUCAUCUGAGUUAUCUCAAAAUUCUAAGUUGAAGGAACUGAAUAAGGAGUUCUCCCAAAAACUUGAAGCUCAAACUCAAAGACUGGAGCUUCUGACUGCUCAAAGUAUGGCCAGCGAGAAUACUUCAGUUAGACAGCCUGAGUCUCACAUUAUGCACUACAAUACUCCAUAUGCAGAUGAGGGAGACGAGGUCGUAGAAAGGGUCUUGGGAUGGAUCAUGAGGCUCUUCCCAGGUGGACCAUCAAGACGAAGAACCAGCAAGCUUCUUUGAUAGUGAUACAUGUAAGGAUGCUUUAUAAACUCUGCCUCUGUUUCUCGUUACCCUACCAUGUUUUGGUGGAGGCCGUAAUUUGUAAAUUUUUGAGUUGUGUAUACAACACCAUUCUUUUUCAAAAAUGGAAGAAAAAUGAGUUGGUCUUGACAGGGGUUCCAACGGAUUUGAAAUUCCUCCUGUCAUUGCUUUUUCAGGAAACAAUUAUGGCCAUUAACCUUUCAUGUGUAAGCUUUCAAUGGGACAUUUAUUAGACAUGAAAACAAAAAUCAGCUGGUGGUAUAGAAACUGGUGGAUUGUAGUGUCAUUAGCUUCUUUCACGGUUAAGUGCCCAUAUUUUGUUGUAUUUGUUUUCGAACUGUAGGGCUUAAGCCCUCGAAAUUGGAAGAAUGAUUUUUCUUAUUUUAA